AUGUCUGAAUCUGAAUAUUACAGUAGAGUGUUUCACACAAUGGACAUUGAUUCAAAUAAUCAUACAUUGAGUGGGGGUGAGGAAGUUGAGGAAACAGAGAACAAUCCUUCAUUAAAUGAGAGUGGUGAAAUUGAAGAACCUAAGAAGGGGAUGUGUUUUACUUCAAAGCAAGAAGUGCACGAGUUUUAUGCAAAAUAUGCUAAAAAUGUUGGAUUUGCAAUAGCUUACAGAACACAGAAUGUUAGAGCGGAUGGAAAGGUAAAAUACUUUGGAAUUGAAUUUGUUGAAGCGGGGGGAUAUGAGGCAUUAACAUUUGAUGAACGAGAUGCAAGAAAUCACAUUCAAAAUGCUAGAAGAUUGAGGCUUGGGGUAGGAGAUGCCGAAUCAGUUGCAUUCUAUUUUCAUAGGAUGCAACAAGAAAAUUCAAACUUCUAUUCUGUAAUUGACUUUGAUGUAGAUGGGCGCAUACGAAAAUUAUUUUGGGCGGACUCAAGGAGUAGGGCGGCUUAUAAAGCAUUUGGGGAUGUUGUCUCAUUUGACACCAUCUAUCUCACAAACAAGUAUGAUAAGCCGUUUGCUCCGUUUGUAGGAGUUAAUCGCCAUGGACAAUCAAUCUUGUUUGGUUGUGGGCUAUUAUCUAAUGAAAACACGGACACAUUUGUUUGGCUAUUCAAAGAAUGGUUAAAUUGCAUGUCAGCCACUUCUCCAAAAGCUAUUAUAACUGACCAGUGCAGAGCCAUGCAAAAUGGCAUACAAAUUGUUUUCCCAUAUGCUCGACAUCAUUGGUGUUUAUGGCAUGUAAUGAAGAAAAUACCUGAGAAAUUGAGAGGAUAUUCCCAAUAUGAAGCCAUCGAAUUCGCUUUACAAAAUGCAGUCUAUGAUUCUUUCAGAAAAGAUGAAUUUGAUGAGGAAUGA